GCUCUGUAAACCAAAAGCUACUUGCUGUUGUACAUUUGUACCUCGUCACGAUGUCUGGAAGUGCUCCAGCCGCACUUGUGACUGAGCAUGUUCCCGUCUACCGUCCUGCAUACAAGAAGGUUGUAAAGGAAGAAGACCCGAUCACCCCCCUCAUCAUCCUAACUUCCUACGCUCAUGUACCUCCCUUGCAUCCGACGCCGCGCCUUAAAUAUGACCUGCGAUCCACCCCGGAUCCACCAAAGAGCAUCAGAGACGCUCAUACAGGCAUAAGCAAAAAGCUACGAGAUCAUAUGCUGCAUCAAGACCACUUCUGUGAGCUUCUGGACAAGGCCGAAGAAGACAUUACUGCGAAAGUCAAGGUAGUCGAGAAGGAAUUUCACGAAGGCAUCACGCCUUCGAGCCCCGUGCUGGAAAGAAAACGAACAUGGUCUCAGCAGAAGUACAGCGACGACGAGGGAGACGAGGUUGACGAAGACGGGGAGGUUGAGGAUGAAGAGAAGAAGGAGGACGACGACGACGACCCGGAGGGCAAGCGGCCGGUUCUCAGGGUCGGCGCGUUCUGCGAGAGAGGACAACACCGCAGCGUUGCGUUCGUGGAGGAGCUCGCAGCCCGAGACUGGCCUAAGGAAUGGGAAAUCCGGAUUGUCCAUCGGGAUCUGGGCAAGAAGAAAGGUUCUAAUAACAAAGGGCGCGGUGGAAGAAAGCUUUCUGUGCGAACGGCCAGCCUGGUGCUUGACGACGACUGAUACGCAGCAGAUGUUGAGCUUGGCCAAUUUGGCAUUGGGUAGGUUCAUGAUACUUUAAAGACAUGGGCGUUCAAGCCUCUUUAUGUUCUUCCAUAUACGAUUGUCUGGUCCGGAUCCAAGCUUCACACUCUCCGUUCUUUAGCUUCUUCGUCAAAGUAACAUUCCAUUUCCUGGCCCGCCUGACUAUAGCCGCAUUUUUCAUAGAACCCUUUAUUUCUUGGGCCACAAUCAAGUAUAC